UCUCAGUGCGUUACCCGGCGUUUGUCGCGAUGUUCUUGUAGUGGCUCGUGCUGGUGACCUUUGACUGCGCCCUAUGCUAUGGUGAGACUGGCGCAUCCACCAUUUCUCGAAAUAGCUACUUUUGGAAUACGAUGCCAUACGUGAAACAGUGAAGUGACCGAAGAUGAAGAUUUUUUAUUUGACCGUUUUUGUUUUCUUGCUCAGCGUGGACGCGCAAAGGAGGUCCGUGAAGUCUGAACUGUUAUCAGAAAACGAACCCUCGCCGAAAACCGCGAGACGAGGCCGAGCAAGGUUUACGGCGACUUCGGAGUCGCCGCAGGUGGAAGACCAGAGACGUCCCGAGCCUGUGGCUCGACGGCUGGCGUCGAGAAGGAGAUCUGAGAGUCACUCGGAAGUCCCUCCUAGAAGAGGGUACGAGGUUGACGAAGCCGUCGACGAUGUACCGAUCGAGACGUUCAGGAAACACACGAAAGCGAAGGUGUUGACGGAAAGCAAGUACGAAGCGAGGAAUUUGCCACCUUCGAAUUCUUUGUUCCAACCGUCUACCACAGAGAGCAUUGAUGAUAUUAUUAAAAGUAUUGGGAGCGAUGCUCUUGAUACCACGAUUCCGGUGUCGGCUACUGUGUCGACGAGUUUGGAACCGCAACCGUCUGAAUUGACUUCAAGCGAACUAUCAAAAAUUGAUAAUGAGAUUAGUAGAACGCAACCGGAUACGACGACACCAUCGACUACCAGAACGACGAAAAGAAGUAACGGAAGGUCGCGGGUUGCGAGUGGUGCGAGUGCUACGAGUGCUCCCACUGUUGCCUCUCGUACGCGUUCAAGAGCAAGAGCUACCAGAAGACCAGAAGAACAAGCCGCACCUACGCAUUCUGGUAGGACGGUUCAUAGAGGGACAAGACGAAGAACUGAAAGCUUGAACGUUGAGGCAAGAACUAGAGGACCUGCCACUGCUGAAACUGUAGCCCAGCCAGUACGGUCACGUACCGUGGAAGCUAGAACUAGAGGACCUUCAGUCAUUGCGUCUGCUGAAUCUGUAGAAUUACCAUCACGCUCUCGUAGCGGUAGAAGAAUAGGAAUUGCCGCUCGACGAACAGAAGAGUCUAAAUCUCCGGAAAGAGUCACUCUUGAUGUGAUACCCUCACGCAAACCGAGUAGUCGAAGAGGUCCAGAAACAACAACAGUAAGAAGUCGAUCGAGAGGGCGUUCCAGAGAAGUACCACCAGUCAUAGACGAACAAAAACUAGAAGUACUGCCACUGUUUGAACGAGAAUCGAAAACAGUCCGACCGGUUAGGAAGUUUGUUGCUAGAAGAAGAAAUCUUAACUCUGCUGAAGAAGUAGAGACUAGUGCUACCGAAAAUGACGUCAAGGUUGCCCCUAAACCCCCAAAACAGUCAGUGAUUGUGGAAACCAGAACCGAAUCAAGCGUUAAACGAAGGAAAACCGUCAGUAAAGUCGUUAGAAGUACUACUAAACCAACAACCAAAGCGACUGUUAAAACUACAACUAGACCCACUACGAAGCCACCUGUAAAAACCACUAAACCGACAAGAGCAAGUACGAAGGCCACAACACCGACUAUCAAAACAACCCUCCAGACCAGCAAACCGCUAAUCAAAGAGUCAGUCGUUUCUGAAAUAACCGAGGUCACUUCUAAAAGAACCAUAACGAGGAACAAACUCGGGAGACCUAAAACGGAAGCACCUAAAUUCGUACCACGAGGCGGGAAAAAGUCUGAAGUAAAUCUGUCAAACGUGAAGAAAAAUAAGUCGAGUUUGACGAGCUCUGAGGAAGAAAUUGACGACACCGACAAUUACCCUGAACCUUUCAAAGCGUUAAUUCAGGCUAAAAAGCAGAAAAAAGAGUCAAGGUCGCCGCAACGCCAUGUAACUGCAUCUCCAGCAGUCACGAAGACCACCGAGAAGGUCGUGAACUCUUCGCCUAGUACAACGACGCAAGUUAUAUCAUCGGAAGCAAAUCGCCAGCUCGAAGACUCCGAAAACGAACUGGAUCCAUCGAAGGCCUCGCGAACCACGAGACGUCGGUUUUCGCAAACUACCGAAAAAACCACCAGAUCGACGGAAAAACCCACCAGACUGACGGAAAAAACGGUUAAACCGACCGAAAAGGUCACGAGACCGCCAAGGAAGAACAAAUUUGCGCGAUCUACCACCGCAGCGCCGUCGCCGACCCCCGAGCAUCGUUUCCAUGCCAAGUUUAACAACGAACCAGAAGCUACGAGUAGCGCUCCGGUGAAAUCCGGUAGGGGCUUCUCGCCGAAACCUCCUCGAGGGGUAUACAGCAGCCGAAAAACGAAAGAAAGUUACACAAAGAACAAGAGUACAACGGCACAGAUUCCGAUCUCGAAAAAAUCGAAUCGGUACAGUUCGAGAUAUCGCAACGACGCCUCUUCAAGAGGUGCCAUUCGAACGAGCACCAACGCCCCGGCGUAUCUGCCGACCAUUCCGACCAUCACCCCGCCGACGACUUCGGUAAAAUCAUCAGUUGCAUACCACGAUAAAGACUUGGGAGUGGAGGUAAUCAGUUUCGAUGACCCUGUGAAUACGGUACCCUCAGCAAAUCUAGUUAGCGGAGAAUAUCUCUCUUCCUCGACCGAAAACCACCUUACUAGUCCCUUGGUAUCGGCAUCCCAAACCAAGACCACGGAAAAACCUGUUUCGAUCAUAGAAAGAAUCAUUAAUUCCAUUACCGCCAUUUCCACGACUGAGGUACCCGACGUGACUAAAAAGACGACUUCCUCGUACGAGACCCAGACUAAAGAAUCCGCUAUCUUAAAGUUAGCCACCAAAAAAUCGACAAGACUUGACAAAAUCCCGACCACCCAAAAAAUUCCCACGGUGACAGUGACUAGCGAAAAACCCACCACUAUCAUCGAACGAAUUCUCAGUUCUUUGUCGGCUAUCCAAGCUGAUAACACAACGGACACUAAACAUUUUAAAUCGAAACAAGUAGGUACAAACUUUAAUACAAUUAGUUCUCCGUCCACAACACCUCUCACUAGAGUGACUAAAUCUACGCUUUAUGCACCAAUCAGCACCACUGUGAAUCCUUUAUAUGCAUUAGAUGAGAUUUCGAAUGAACAAAUUUUGCAAAAGCGCACCAUAGAUAAGUUGUUAGCUCUCCUCAACACUUUGGCGUCGCCGAGCCCAUACCCCACACCAUUAGUUGUUGUUACACCGAAAACCACCAGUUAUGUAGUUGGGACUGGUGCCAUUACCACAGCAACCACCACGACAGCAGCGACCACAAUCGUCGGUAGUACUACCACUACGACAACAGAACCUACUACUACUACCACGACGACUCCAACACCUCCGCCCACAACAACCACGACAUCAACGACAAGCCAACUGUUCACGAGUCCAAGUCCGAGCGUGUCGUUGAGCUCAAGAGUAAACGUUACGCCAAAUCCGAACGUGACAGUGAACACAACUACGAUUUUACCGGCGGUACGGUACACGACAACUCCGACAUACACCACACUUUCAACACAAGAGCCAACAACAUUUAUAUUUUCAACGACAACUCCAUCUUCAACGUCAACUCCAUCUUCAACGUCAACUUCACUUCCAACAUCAACACCGACACAACCACCUACACUUACAUCGACUGAGUUUGGUACAACGAGUUCGGUAUUGAGUACCACAGAAAUUUCCAAUGAAAUCGGAGCGAAUCCUUUGUCUUUAGACUUGGGUGUUACUAGUUUGUCUAGUGUAACUGAAACACCGUCAAGUACCGACUCUUCGUCACUCACUUCUCUAAGUUCGGGAUCAGAAUCAACAACCACAACUCCUUUUGAUUCUUCAACACCACUCAGUUCGACUUUAGCAACUACUGAUUUUGCUAUUGAUAAUGAAAACAAUGUUGUAUUUCCGUCAACUUUACCAGCUCUUAUCAAUUUUGAAGUAAGUCCAGGCAGCGUAUCUGUUUUCUCUGCUAAUGACAUCUCUAAUGCUAUAACACCAGACGAUAUUCUUAGUACUGUAACCAUUUCCGGUAGAGCUAAUUUUCCUGAGUCUCUCACAAGCACUGAAGUCACAACUGCCUCUCAAACUACUACUCUUACCCCUAAUUCUACUGACAGUAACACAACCAUUCAAACUAGUGUGAGCGUCGAAGGUCGUUUUGGUGAUUCUAACGUGACAGAAAAUAGUACUUCUGUCACUAGUACCACACCUUCUACUACUACAACUGAGGGUGUCACGAUGGACCUCAGUACACUACCUUCGAUUACCACUAUUCCUCCAAGCACUACAGUGGCUAGUAGUACUUCAUCUUCUAGUACUACCGAUAGUCCUAGUACGACGACUGCAGGUGCUGUUCCAGUUCCUCUUAGUGCAACAGCUGUCGAUACUGUGGCUGAUACUACAUUAGCUCCUGAUAGUAUUACGUCAGCUCCUGAUAAUAUGACAUCAGCUCCUGAUAAUAUGACCUCAGCUCCUGAUAAUACGACCUCAGCUCCUGAUAAUAUGACAUCAGCUCCUGCGGCUGCUACAACAGUUGCCGCGGGUGGUACAACAACUCCUGUUGUUACUACAUCGGCUCCUGAUAUCACUACAACAGCUCCCGCUAGUGCUACAUCAGCCCCUACUAGUACAUCAGGCCCUGUUAGUACUACGUUAGCUCCUGCCAGUUUAUCAGCCACUGCUAGUACUACAUCAGCUUCUGUUAGUACUACGUCAUCUGCUGCUAGUACUACAUCAGCUCCUGCUACUACCACAUUAGCUCCAACCACUACUGAUUCCGCCGCUGCCAGUAACACCACUCAGGACAUUUCCUCUAACAUCAUCGACACGACCGAUUUGCCCGAAAAGUCUAAUCAAACUAGCACUGUCAGUCCAUCAACUAAUAUAACCUCCAGAACGUCGGGUCGUUCAGGACGCCUUUUGAACAUAAUUCAGGACCCCGUUCAAAAUUCUAUCGAAAGCAGUACCGGCCGCAGCAAAGACUAUUUUAUCUUCGCCGUCUUGAAUAACAAUACUGUAUUACGCAAACGACCGAGUAGAUUCCCGAAUAAAGAAACACCUUACCUUGUUGUCGGCGUGUACCCUAACAAUACCAUAGUGAGAAAGUUCCCCAAUGGUUCCUUUGUUCCAAUGGAACCUAUCAUAAGGGUAAGCGGAUUCGAUACACGCGAAAAUCCUCCACCCUUACCGGAAAUAACCAGUAACCAAGUAACACCUGACCAGGGCAGCCGACCGGAUAAUAAAAAUCUUCAAACGGUCGAACAAAAUACUGUACCACCAUUUGAGGCAAAUCCGUUGUCUUUAAGUAGUGUAAAUAAUGCAACAAGUACCACCGGAACUACACCUAGUAGUACCGCUCCUCCGGUUCAAGCGAACCCAUUAUCAAUUAGUAGUAGUAGCAGCACAACAACUGAAAGUAGCACUUCUACCAGCACUAUUAGUAGCAGUAGUAGCGCAGCUCCAACUACUUCUACGACUUCUGGUACUACGACAACUAGCACUGCUCCCACUGCCACUCUGCCUACUUUGACUGAAAUUCUGAACGGAAGAACAGUGCAAGCUUUUAACAGCAUCAUAAAUAUCUCCGAUCUUAGUAAAACGCAAACGUUAGACGUUGACCCAAUGAGCAGAGUUGUCACCACAACCUUACCGACUCCAACACUUUCGAACAGAAUUUUAGACGAUCCAGUUCCAUCUACUACAUUUGCGGUACCAACAACGACCCAGCAGUCAACUACAACUACCACAACUGCGGUACCCACCACCACUACAACAACAGUCAGAACGACUACUACAAAUCCACCAACAACUACUACAACUGUGCCUCCAACAACAACCACAAAUGUUCCAACAACGACACUUCCUCCAACCACUGCCACUCUUGUUUCUACAAGAGGAAGCACAGUACUACCUUUAUCGCAACCUGCCACCACUACAUUCCGAACGACUACUAGUUUUCCAUCGACCACUUUCUUCCCACAGUUUUUGACAACCUUAUUUUCUACUCUUCGUCCGGGAAGAAUAACAACUGAGGGACCUGUUGAAAUUAUAACUCCGAUAUCGAACAGAGCACGACCUACUACGACUCCACGAGUUGAAAUAAGUACCGGCGGUGAUUUAGCCACGGCUAGUAGUACCAGAAGGACGAUUCGAACGACAACUGAGAUACCAACAACCACGAUUCUUUCUACGUUACCAAUUAGCACUACGGUUAGAAGUAGAAGACGCGGUACCACCACACCUAUUACCACGACUCAACCUACGACUACUACUGUGUACACCACAACCGUACCGAGUACGAGCGCGGGGAGAAACGCCAGGAGAAGUACCGCUCCUCCAGAGAUAACGACCAACCCAACGAAAAAACUUAAACAAUUAACAGAACAGCAGAAGAAGGAUCUAGAAACGUUAGCACAGCUAGAGAUGGAACAAGCCGCAAUUUUAAAACAACUGGCAUUUUUAACCAACUUGAAUUUCGCCAAUACGAAAUCAACAACGGAGAAAAAUGAUUUAGCAAACAGAAUCGUUGCUCUAGCCGUAGAACAAGACAAAGAAAGACAAAGAUCUUCAUCUGCUUACGUCCAAGAGAAACGCCAAGGCAAGAAAAUCUCUGCAUCAGGUGAACACACUGUCGAGCAACUGGUGAGACAACUGAGCAUUGCAACUCCUUCGACAAUCACAACCGAGUAUGGUAACAGCAAUGACGCCAUCAUCGCUGCCUUACUAAAAGAUCAAGGAAUUGGUCCCACAACACCAAAAGUCCUGGAAGACGUUUACAGUCUGACAACUACAACUACGAAGAAACCUAGAACUACGACAAGGAGACCAGGUCCGCUAAUGCAGAGUUUGAAUUGGUUGCUCAACGUUUUAUCUCCUCCUGUUCCUACGACGAAAAGACCUAAGCCUAAACCGAAACCAAAACCUAAGCCGAAGCCCACACCCGAAGAGAAACCAGAGGAGUUGUUGACACACCAGCCAACUCAUAUAACUCCAGUGGUAACUGCAGCUCCACGUCAGAAUAUUGUUAGUUCUUUGUCGCAGAAUGACAUUCAGAAGUUGAUUAAGCAACUGGAGAACAUACAAAAAGAUCCACAGAGUGCGAAAGAGUUAGAUUUUUCGUCGAUUCAGAGUCUGCAGACCUUGAUUAAUACGGAAGGAGGAGUUAAAGUUACGUCUUCUGGAACUACUGGAACCACGACUAGAGAGACUACACCUAUGACAACUCCGAAAAGAAAGGGUAAAAGUCGCGUUAUUAAAUCUACUACGGUAGUUCCUGCAAGCGUUAGCAACAGCAUAACCGAGGAAGAUGUAGCUACGACCACCACCAGACCUAAGGUCACUUUACAACCAGUCAGACUGAGACCAGUCCCCGGAAUCGAAGAUGACGACACUCUGGUUAGAGGACAACUUAUCAAUGCUGCAGUGAACGUCACAAGAGCUAUUUCUUCAUUUUUGGGCACCGCAUUACAGGGUGCUGCUACAGGAUUCCAGUCCUUAUUGGGUUCCGGAUCUCGCGUAGUAGGCUCUCUGAUGCAAGUUUCUUCAAACACUUCUUCUAGACCAGGAUGAAGAACAAGUGCUAUAAUUUAACUGUUACUUAUUUAUUGUGUUAAUUUGCAUAUACUUGCUCACUUUAUUUGUUGCAUAGCACGAUGGACAGUUUUAGAUUCAUGGGAAUGUUAUUAGUCAACUGAUUCGACGUGAUAAAUUUUUUCCUAUUAUUGUUUUUUAUUAUUUUGUUUUAUUUAAGUCUAUUGUUUUAGUCAUAAUCAUAGGCAACCAGAGCUGAUAGAAAAUACUCCAAAAAUUUAUUUUAUUUUGCUUUUGUAAAUAAGUCUGUAAAUUAUUGUUAUUUUAUGUUAGGCUUUUAACUAUUAUUUUAACAUUAAACUGUAAAUACACUGUAAUUAAAUA